AUGGUGGAGCGGAUGUCGAGCUUGCGGCCGGACCUGGAGGAGGCGAUCGAGGGCGCGGUCGGGAGGACGCUGACGGAGACGAACCUGCACCUGGGCGCGCACUACGUGGGCAAAGUGCGCGACACGUACGACUGCGGGGACAAGCUGGUCAUCGUGACCACAGACCGGCAGAGCGCGUUCGACCGGCUGCUGGCGUCGGUGCCGUUCAAGGGCCAGGUGCUGAACCAGACGUCGGCGUGGUGGAUGGACAACACCACGCACAUCGUGCCCAACGCCAUGCUCGCGCUCCCGGACCCGAACGUCACCGUCAUGAAGAAGUGCCAGGUGUUCCCGGUCGAGUUCGUCGUCCGCGGGUUCAUGACAGGUUCGACGUCGACGUCCCUGUGGACGCACUACAAGAACGGCGCGCGCACGUACUGCGGGAACGCGUUCCCCGACGGGAUGCGCAAGAACGACCGGCUGGCCGCGAACGUGAUCACGCCGACGACGAAGGCGGCGGACCACGACGAGCCCAUCGCGCCGGCGGACAUCGUGGCGCGCGGGCUCAUGAGUCAGGCGGACUGGGACCGCGCGAGCCAGGCGGCGCUCGAGCUGUUCGCGUUCGGGCAGCGCGAGGCGGCGUCCCGCGGGCUGCUCCUCGUGGACACCAAGUACGAGUUCGGCAAGGACGCGGACGGCAACAUCCUCCUCGUCGACGAGAUCCACACCCCGGACUCGUCGCGCUACUGGCUGGCGGAGACGUACGAGCGGCGCCACGCGGCGGGGCAGGAGCCGGAGAACAUCGACAAGGAGUUCCUCCGCCUCUGGUUCGCGGACCACUGCGACCCGUACACGGACCAGGUGCUCCCGGAGGCCCCGCGGGAGCUGGUGGUGGAGCUGGCGCGGCGGUACGUGAUGCUGUACGAGCGGAUAACGGGGCAGGAGUUCCAGCCGGCGGUCAGGGACGGCGACGCGGACGCCGGGAUGCGGGCCGCCAUCGAGGCGGUGUUGUGA